AUGCUCGUUUCAUCUACAAUAAUUUACUAUAUAGAGCGUGGUUAUUUUAAUCAAGAAGAAAAGACAUGGUACCGUGUUAAUUCUUUGGGUCAAAAUGAAAAAAGUCCUUUUCAAUCUAUAAUUCAUAGUUUUUGGUGGUCAAUAGCUACUAUAACAACAACAGGAUAUGGAGAUGCGGUUCCUGUCACAGGUCUUGGGAGACUCUUCGCUGGAUUUACUAUGUUAUUCGGCAUCUUAUUUUUUGCAUUACCGACUUCAAUAAUUGGAUCAAAUCUCGUUACUGAAUGGAAUCAUUAUUAUCGUUGGAAAUUUCAAAUGCGUAUGCGUAAAGCACUCGAACAGUGUAAAGUAACCAAUAAAUCAGAAACAUCAUCGUUCGAAUCUCGACAAAGUGAAAAAAAUAUAUUAUAUUUUAAAAAACAAAAUAGUAUGAUCUUUGACGCAAUAUCUGAAGUUCAAGAACUAUUGUAUGAUAUUAAUCCUGUCAAAUUUGGAAGAUAUAAAGAUCUUCAAAUAAGAUAUGCAGAAGCAUUGGAAAAGAUUAAUGGAUUGGAAAUUGAGUUAGGCAAAUGGAAAAAAAUUGCAAGUAAUAAUAAUUCUUUUAAAAAUAAUGACACGGAUAGUGAAUACGAAUUUGACCAAGUUGGAUCAAAGGAGAAAAAAAAUUCUUUUUCUAGUUUAAAAGGAUCACAAAGAAGUUAUCGAACACCUUUAAGUAGAUAUGCUAGAAAUCUGUCAAAUCCUACAAAUGAUAAAAUUGAGAAAGUUGGUAAUUUUAAAGAUAGUUCUACAAAUAUUUCUAACAAUAUAGAAAUUAUAAUAGACAAACAAUCGCAUGCCAUUUAUAAAGAACCUGAAU